AUGACCAGAAGACCUGUCCAUGUAGCAAAAAAUGAUGGCAAGCGACUUCGUGCCAUAUGUAGAGGCAAGGCAUGUGAAUGGUAUGUGUAUGCAAGGAAGAUAGAAUCCCACAACAAUACCGAUUAUGUGGUAAUAACUAUGCAGAGAGAUCAUGCUCACACGUGUUCGCAAGUGUUGGAUCAGAGAUGGCUCACGUCAAAGUGGCUAGCCGAGCGAUACUUGGAGAAAAUCAAAGUGAAUCCCCACAUUCCAUUGUCAGUGAUACGACAGUGUGUGGAUGAGGAGUUCGGGCUGAAAGUUGGUAGAAUGAAGGCAUACCGCGCAAGAGACACUGCAUUGGAAGGUAUUUUUGGCAAGGCCGGACGCCAAUACCGGAAACUGUUCGACUAUAAAUCUGAAUUGGAACGAACACAUCCUGGGUCGAGUGUGCAUAUACACUACGAAAACUUCAGGGAUCCUGAAGUGGAUGGUCCGCGAUUCCUGAGGUUUUACUGUUGCCUAGGACCGUUGAAAACUGGGUGGAUGCAUUUUUGCCGUCCAAUUAUUUUCUUGGAUUCCUGUUUCUUGAGAGGUAUGUACCGAGGACAACUUAUGACUGUCAUGAGAAUUGAUCCAAACAACGGUUGGUGGCCUAUUGCGUGGGCAGUGACUGAGUGCGAGAGCUACGAACAGUGGAAAUGGUUCCUUACAUACCUCUCGGAGGACCUUCGAAUACAGGAUAAUGCCCCAAGAUACGUCUUCAUGUCUGAUCAGCAGAAGGGUCUUGCAAAAGCCAUAGUGGAGGAUUUCCCACACAGCGAGCAUCGCUUCUGUGUUCAGCACAUCUACAACAAUUUCAAGAAGAGGUUCAUUGGGGAAAAUUUUAAGGAAUUACUGUAG